AUGACGCUCUCCCUGACAUUUGCCCUCAUUUCGACCCUCCUCUCCUUCACGGUGGCACAAUUUACUGAAAAUUGGGCCUCCACAACAUCCCCCACAUUUGUCACGUAUGGAACCCACGGUUCUCCCGAGUCUGCCUUCGCCGAUCCCGCCGCCCUCGAUGGGAGAGCUCUCCGUCUGACGCUGAACGCCAAUCCACCCGCCGGAGUGGGCGGCGCCCCCGCCGCCGAGACGUAUGGCCGCUUCAAAUACGGCACGUACUGGACCCGCGCCAAAACAGGGAACUGUUCCAACCAACCCUUGGCAGGCGUCGUUUCGGGAAUUUUCACCUAUUUCAACGACCAAGGCGACCGAAACGGUAACGGAAUAGCGGACAAUUCCGAGAUAGAUUUCGAAUGGCUUUGUGCCGACCCGAAAGUUGUGCAUUUGUCGAUUUGGACGGAUUAUCAGGAAUCUAAUCCGCCAAAUAUUCGCGUAGUUUAUCGAACCAUUGACUUAUCCACGGGUCGAGUGCAGAUGGAGUGUUAUCGGGAACAGUUUGGAGAGUGUAGGCUUCUCAGCGGGCCGGAGAGACAGCCAGCUACGGUCACCCCAAUUUCAGGGUAUGACUCCUCCACCGAGUAUUUUUGGUACGGCUUGGAAUUUGCGGCGGAUCGGGUGCAUUUCAUGAUUCGUGGGAGGAAUGAUGAGGUUAUCACGUUGUGGGAUUAUCGAGGACCGGCCGCAAGGAUGCCGAAUGACGAGAUGCAUUUCAUGCAUAAUGUGUGGCACACGAAUAACUGGUGGCCGGAGGGGGAUGAUGGGACGAUGAUUGAGUCACCGAGGUCACCCGUGUACAUGUUUGUGGAUUCGAGUAGUUUUACUCCGUUGUAA